AUGGGGGCUGUUGUUGAUAUAAUUGGUGCGAUCAAGUCUCUUUUAUACUGGAAGUUAAUAACUUCGGCUCAGAAUUUAACAGGAGCUUCAAACCCGGGUCGACUAUCAUGUUUGCGAUACGGAAGAUUCAAACAAGCACAGAAAGGUCAUGCUCUGGUUAAUCAUGUGAUCGCUACUUAUAGCGUGACUUGUCCACUGGACUGCACGUUGGAAUGCCUAAGUGACACACGCUGUCAAUCAUUUAACUGCGCAGACGCAGGUCACACGUGUGAAAUAAACGACCAAUCAAAGCUGACAAGCCCUAACGAUUUUAGAUCCAUAGAAGGCUCUAUGUACUACGGUCCAACAACAGAGACGGGAGGUACUGGACCUGGCUGUGCCUCAGUAACAUGUCAGAACGGUGGAACAUGCGUUGACUCGUGCUGGAAUUCCCGGAUGUUUACGUGUGACUGCACCAAAGACUACACAGGAGCUUACUGCGAAAGGCACGUGAAAAGCUGUCAGGAACAUAAAAGCCUGGGAGCAGAUCAGGACGGAAUCUACACUAUCGACCCCGACGGGCAAGGAAUCAUAAGCGUGUUUUGUGACCAGACCACAGACGGUGGGGGUUGGACUGUUUUCCAGAGGCGCAGCGCUCCAUACAGCAAUAGUUUUGACCGAUUGUGGCACCUCUACCGAGAUGGUUUUGGUGACUUGACUGAGGAAUUCUGGCUUGGUAACAAAUACUUGCACCGAAUCGCUCCGUCAGGGAGCUUACUUCGUAUAGAACUACACAGAGCGGACGGCCAAACAGGAUAUGCCAAGUUUGGCGGGUUUCAAGUUGCCAACGAAACGGAUCUGUUUCGGUGGGAUAUGAAUUCGUGCGAGGGGAACAUCCCGAAUGCAAUUUACGGGAAUUCGGAUCCUAACUUGAAUAUUCGGGGAAUGGCAUUUUCCACUCCAGAUAAUAAUAACGAUAAUUGUCCUUCCUGUAGAUGUUUCGGGCAUGCUGGAUGGUGGGCCAACUACUGUGCAAAGGUCUCCCUUAAUUCGAGAGGCAGACCAAACUGGAAACCUUGGUCUGAGGAAAGCUCCAUAACUUUCUCCGAGAUGAAAGUCAGGAAGAACUGA